GUUUUGAUUGGCCGAGUCGACCUCACUUGUCUGAAGAAACAGGAAGAGUAUUUUCUAUCAUGGUUAUUCUGCAGAGGGCAGCACGAUGAAAGAACAGAGGAAGAGCCAGUGCACUCAGAAGACCAUCUCAUUGCUGAGCCCCCUGGGGACCAUCCAAGUCAGUGGAUGUGAGAAUGGUGUGCACACCAUCCAGAUCCUAAUGGAUGUCGCACCUGCUGAAAGGAGCGGUGUUUCCCCCCUGAGCUGUGUGGUCAACGAUAGCCCGGCAGAAACGAGCCCCGAGUUGCAGCGCUGCGUCGAAUGGCUCCAGGCGUACUUCAGCGAGCCGCAGACCACUGGGAGUCUCCCGCUCCCUGCCUUUCACCACCCCGCCCUGCAAGGAGACGCGUUCACCAGCCACGUGCUGCACGUACUUCUGAGGGACGUGAAGUUCGGAGAGACGGUGUCGUACAAACGCCUCGCUGAGAUGGCGGGAAACCCCAGAGCAGUGCGGGCGGUGGGAGGGGCCAUGAGGAGGAACCCGGUUCCUCUCCUCAUCCCCUGCCACCGAGUCAUUUCGAGCAGUGGGCAGAGUGGGCCUUACAUGAGCGGCAAGGGCGACCAUCUCAAACAAUGGCUGCUCACCCAUGAGAGGCAGAGAGAGGAAGGCUAAAUCAUGACAGAGGCCAACUGUCCUUCAUUCAGCACACACACACACACACACACACACACACACACACACAAAGAAAACACAAGCACAUACACGCACAGACAC